AUGCAAGCUUCCCUGUGCGCCUUGAACUCCCUGUGCGUCCUGGACCCAUGGCUGGGAGCCGCGGCACCCCCACCCCUUGCCCGCACGCAGCUAACGGGCCUCAUUUACAUUCCGCCGGCCUUUCGCCGCGCCAUUGGUGCAUCUGCCCGGCUCGUUUGCAUAUCGACCGGGACAGGCAGCAGUUCCCGCUUAUCCUCGGGGAGCGAGCGACUUCAUUUGCAUACAGGCUCCGCCCCUACGGCUGCGGUGCCGCAGCUGGGCCGCACCGGGGCCGAAAGAAAAGAGGUGGAGCUUGCUCCAGUCCCUGAUACAGGAACAGAGCCUGGAGGAGAGGUGAAGGCAGAAGGUGGCAAUGGGCUGCCUUCCACCAUUGGAAUGCAGGAGGAAGUGGAAGGAUUGCUGAUGGAGGAGACAACAGGACUGACCAAUACCUCAGGGACCACACCAGAAUGCACUGCAGAUGGGCCUUCUUCCUGCACUGAAACAGAGAAGGAGGAGGGAGGAGGAGAGGAAGCAUCACUGCUGGAGGGUAUAACAGCUGCAAGUGAUAGCUCAGAGACUGCACCUCAGUGUGUGGCUGGGAAUCCUUCUGAGAAGUCACGGAAGAGUGAAGACACACCAUCGAAAAAGAAGGCUGCAAGUGAGAAAGUGUGUGAAGGAACUGUGAAGCCAAGUCAGACCAGGGCACCUGGGGUGGCUAGAAAGGAUGAUGCUCCAGCUGUAACCGACAGUCAGAAGGACAAAAAGCAAAAAGCAAACCAGAAACCUGUGGAUAUGAUAAAAGAAAGUCCGGUGGGGCGAGGUGAUGGAGUCACAGUGUAUUUCCAUGCAGUAUUGUCCAAAGACUUCAAACUCAACCCUGAGACACAUAAAGUCUUCAUCAGGGCUGAAGGCAUUCCUCCCUAUGCAAACUGGAAGGACAAUGUUUGUGAGCUGCACUGCACCGAGGAUCUAGGAGAACAUGGAUACCUCAUUGAAGGUGCUGUAACCCUUACAAAAGGAGUUAUUAAUAGAGAGAUUCCUUACAAAUAUUGGGUGUCCUGUGACAAGGGGAAGUAUGAAUUUGUUUAUAAGGACCCAGAAAUAAACUCUGUUGUGAAUCGCUGUUUAAUCAUAAAAGACGACUUGCUCAACAAUGGAGAAUGGCAUCAGUACGAUGACAUUGUGUGUGCACAGCCUUCCAGGCUGAAAAGCCUGACGCACAUGUUUUUUCGUGGUAAAAACAAGGAGGUGGUGCAAGGGAAGAAAAUCGCUGCUGGCUUUAUGAUAAAGAACAUCUUCAGCAUUCUUGGAACCUGGAAUGCCAGCAACCUGAGAAACUUCCUCAUGCAGCUGAGGCAGUUCUAUGUUGUGACAUCACAUCCACUUGUGUUUGAUGGCCACCCAAUGUCAUGGAGAGGGCUCGACUUUGGCAGACAGCAGGUGAAUGAGUUGCUGCUAGAUUACAUGGUGGAAAUAGCUCUUCCUUUUCUUGCACCAGAAGACGCAAAAGCACCACAGGAGGGCAUAGUAGUGAAAAACAAACUGGCUCUGGGGCUCACCAUUCUCACAGUAAUUUAUGAAAAUGACAUCCCAGUAUCAAAUGGUUAUCUGACUGGCCUGUGUAGCUUAUUGUGCUUGGAUGAGAAGUCAGAACAAGCCAUACAGGAUGACCUUCAUCUCAUCACAAAUGCUUUUGCAGCAGUUUCUGGUUUGGAGAUUGAGCUGAUACUUCUGUGCACCUUGUGCAUUGAUGGCCAAGUAGAUCAGUGGGUGUGGAUUCUUCCUCUUCUGCAUUUCUUUGCUGGUCCUUCUCAGCAUGAUGAGCUCCUGAUAGGAGAAGACACCUGGGCAGGGCUGGAAGGGCUUCCAUUUGCUGAAAUAAGGAAGACGGAAAAUAGGCACACCCUACUAAAACUAAUGAAAGACAAGAAAUACUUGAUGAAGUUUGAUAAGCUUCUGGUCAAGUCCUGGAUGUCUGUGCUGCCCCUGGAGAGCCUGGCUGAAUUUAUCCACGAUUUCUCCAGUGAUUUGUUAACUACUCUUCAAGGUGUUUUUUACAGAGUGGAGAGCCCUGACUUCUUGGGGAACAGUCUCGAGGUCAUAGAGAGCCUUCUAAAGACAGUGCUGUGUAGCCUGGAUGAGAAACAGGCCAGUGCUCUGGAAGCUUGUUAUUGGCAGUCCUGCCUGACCUGCUGCUUCAAGAUACACCAGAGGGUCUGCAAGUACACAAAAUGGGGGCAUCGGUUCUCGAUUCAGGUUUCUACUGCCAUGAUGAUUUCGAAGGUUGCCCAGCUCCAGCCUGCAGCAGUUCCAGGAGAUGCUGCGCAGGAAGUUCCAGGGAGAGAAGUGUUCACUGGAGCUCUGACAGACACUCGACACUGGUUCAGAAAUACUUUAAACCAGAAGUUACUAAAUAGCCUGGAGCCUGUGAAAUUCUCUUUUUCCUGGGAACUUGAGGCCUGGCAUGGAUUUCUGGAGAUCAGCUUUCCAGAUGAACAGUUCACUGCAAAGUGGAGGGAGACUUUACUUGGAGAUUUGAAGAGAAGAAUUGAGCAGGAGUCUCCAGUUAAUCAAGUCUUAGUCUACUGCAGUCUGCACACCAGAUCUGAGCAGCUUAACUCGUCCAUUGUUUGGUGUUUCUGUGAUUGUGCCACACAGGCUGUAACUGCAGCUUGCCAGACUCAGAGCAAUCUCCUGGAGAAGAUUUCUCCCUACAACCUGGACAAAUUCAGCCAGCUUGUAUCAAGUAUUAUUGUGGGCUUGUGGCCAGUCAAGAGUGGGCAGUCUAAGGAUUAUUUUGAGGAGAUUUUGCACCACGUGCUUACAUGGCCGGACAUCAAACGUAUCUUCACCAUUAACAGAACAAACACAAAGCUCCUAGAAGAGCUUACUUGUGAAGCAAAGAGUAUCAUGGCCACAGCAGACUCUGUGUUUGAGUCUGUCAGCAAUGACAUCUGGAACGGCAGCAUCCUUGUGAAACACUUGGAAGAGGUUUUCCAGCAUGAGGAACAGUUCAUCAAUAUCUGGGAGAUAAAGCACCAGCACCUGCCAGGUGAAGGCAAAGCACUACUCCGGGGGGACCUGAAAAAAUUGCUGCAGAGGAGGCGAAAAGAAGUAGCACUUCUCAGAGAAGAGAAAAAAGCAAUAGGAACCUUUCUGAGCAUGUGCAGGAAGGUGCAGGAGUAUCUGAAAGUUGAUGUAGGUGAAGUGGCAUUUCAAGACAAGGAAGAUUUUCACUCAAAAAGAUUAAAUACAGUUGUAAAUGUGAAAAAGAGCCCUCCAGAGACCUACUACAGCCUGAGCCCAGAGCUGAAAGAAUUUGCCCAGAAAAUACAUUGUUUUAAGGAUAGCCUGAUCUUCCAGCAGUUCUGGAAGGAAGCUGCACAGAAGGCAGCAGAGGAGUAUGAAAUCUCAAUAGAGGAGGCUGAAGGCUCAAUAGAGGAAUGUGGAAGUUCUGAGGAGGAGGAAGACUUAAUUUUUCCUGCACUGAAUCUUGAUAAUAUUUCUACCAGUCUAAUCUCUCCCUGUUUUGAGAGAUAUGAGCAGCUGUAUGAACUUCUCACAUCUGGAGGACUCACAUUUUCUGCAGUUGAUACAAUUUUUCAGGAGUUCAGAGAUCAGCCUGAAGAUCUCAAAACUGAGCUAAAUAACAUCUGUAAGCUUAGACCUGGAAAAGACAGAGCCUGGGUGGAUCAGAGGUUUCAGCAGAUCCAGCAGUACCAUGAAAUGCAUUUAGCUUUUGAAGCUGCCAAGAUCAUUGCCGAUGUCAAAGAGAAUUUGAACCUCUCUGGUGACUUCAGUCUCCUGGAAAACUUGUUGGACAUAGUAGAAAAUCAUAAAGCAUACGAGACACAGAAGCUGGAUUCCAUCAGCUGUGAGCUUAUGAAUGCCAAGAGCCUGCUGCAGGGGAUCAAUGUGAAGCGUCGUGGCUGCCUGAAGGAGCUGGCUCAACAGAAGGAGUUUGUCUGCUGGGUCAGACAAGCACUGAAAGAUAUGAAUGAGCUGAAGGUAUUUGUAGACUUGGCAUCCAUCUCUGCUGGGGAGAAUGAUAUGGAUGUGGGCCGUGUGGCUUGUUUCCAUGAUGCUGUGCAUGGCUACUCUUCCCUGCUCUAUGACCUGAAGAAAGACUCAGGGUUUGAGGACUUCAUGUGCUGCUUGAAGAAGUUGUGGCGAGCUGUGGACAGCGAUGAGAGUCUGCCUGAGAAACUGCGUGCUUCAGCUCAGCACCUAGAGUGGCUGAAAACAGUGAAAGAGAGCCAUGGCUCUGUGGAGCUGUCCUCACUGUCACUGGCAGCUGCCAUCAACAGCAGAGGAAUUUAUGUUCUCAAAGCACCUACUGAUGGCCAGAAGGUCACUUUGGACAAUGUCCUGCACUUCACCCUGCCAGGGAACUCUGCAGAUGAGGCAUCAUGGAAAUACUCCCUGGCAGACCUCCGUGAACUGCAGAACAAGCUGAUGCUCAUGUCAGCAAAGGGAGAGCAAAGCCUGGAGGUGGAAAAGUUCUCUGAGAUUUUUUUCAAUGUUGUCCAAAGGCUUGCUCAGGCCUUUAUAGACCUUUAUUCAGCUGGAAACAUGCUCUUCCGCUCCUGGCUUGCCCACGUCUACUGCUCACCCAAGACAGAAUCUUGUGUUUAUAUAGACUUCUCUCUGGGACUGAUCCCAGUGCUGCAAGGGCAAGGAGAUACAGUAGCUGUGCUCCCAGGGCUCUGCAAGACAAUGGAGAAUUUCCUGGAGAAAUGGGAAAAUUUCAUGUCUGAGAAACGAUUCCAGCACUUCUACCUGAACUACUACACUGCCGAGCAGUUGGUCUAUUUGUGCAUGGAACUGGGGCAGGAGAAGCCCAGCCAGGGGGCCCUGAUGAUGCUCUCAUUCCUAACAAGCAACUGCACCAAGCAGGAUGUCCUUAGAGCCUCCAGCAAUGAAAGGCCUCCCAGCUCAAGGGAGGCUAUUUCUGACUUUGAAGUGAUGCUGAAUAAAGAGAAGGACCUGACUGCACAGCUGGAGUACAUCUGGGAGUGCUACAUGCACAACAUGGGUCACUUCCUUCCCAACUGCUUGGACAUCGAUAGGCUUGGUGAGCAGCUGGAGGACCUGGCCAGCUGGGAGAGGCAGCAUGUCACAAGAGACUUCCCCCAGGACUUCCUGUGUGUUGGACAGCCCAACCUCAUCACCUGCCCUCGCUCAGAGCUGCUCACCUCUGCUCUGGCCAUUUACAUGAACAGCCCCAACGAGCCCCUUCCGACUUACGACGAAGUUCUUCUGUGCACUCCUCAGACCACUGCUGAGCAGGUGGGGCUCUUCCUCAGGAGGUGCCUCAUUCCCUGCAACAGAGGAGAGAAAAUUUACACCAUGCUGUACGCAGAUGAGCUGAGCUACGACGUCAGCCGCAAAGCAGAGGAGCUGUUCCAGCACCUGCGGCACUACAGCAGCAGCUAUCGCCUUGUCAUCCUCUGCAACUGCGAGAGGGAGCACAGCUACAUCCCCUCUGUCUUCAGCCAGUACAAAGUGCACAUGGUACCCCAGAGGCCACUAGCUGAAAUCCAACAGUACCUUCAGCACCACUACAGAGUCACUCAGCCUUCAAGCUCAGCUGCCUCUGUGUUCAAGGGCAACAUGUGUGUGGGGAUUGUGUCCUCCAAAAGAGCUGGUGUGGGGAAGUCUCUGUACGUGAAGAGGCUACACGAGAGACUGCAGGAGCAGCACCCUGACAGUACAAAGAUGCUGAAAACCAUUAGACUAAUUGAACCAGAAGUGGAUGAAGAUAAAGUGCUAAAAUCUCUCCUGCCUUUUAUGAAGAAAAAAUACCAGACAGCACCCAUGAUAUUUCAUUUUGACAUCACCUCUUCAGUACAAACUGGAAUCCCGGAGUUUCUGUUCAAGCUGUUGGUUUUGCAGUGUCUGACAGACGCUAGUGGCAAUAUGUGGCGGCGACAGAAGUGCCAUUUGUAUAUCAUCGAAAUCCUGGAGGUGUCAGCAGUGCCAAAGCAAGCAACAAGACAUAAGUCAGCAAGGCAGAAGUACAAUUUCAUUGAUGUUUUCCCUAAAGUAACAUGCAAGUCUCCCAAGGAAGUACUGGAAAUGCAUACACUUGGGAACUGCCCUGGGGAUGCUUCAGACCCAGGAAUGGAUGAGGAGGAGUUUUGCAGUGAGGCUUUCCAGAGACCUUUCCAGUAUCUGAAAAGGUUUGACCAGGGGCUCAAUCUGGACACAUUCUGGUACAAAGCACACUCUGUGGAAGGGAGCCCAGCAGAAUGCCUGCAGCUGUUCCUCCUGCACUGUGGCAUCACAGACCCCUCCUGGUCAGAGCUCCGGAACUUUGCCUGGUUUCUCAACGUUCAGCUGAGAGACUGCGAAGCUUCUGUCUUUUGCAACCCUGACUUCGUGGAGGACACUUUGCAAGGUUUCAAGAACUUUGUUGUCACUUUCAUGAUUUUAAUGGCGAGGGAUUUUGCGACGCCCUCCCUCAACAUCUCUGAUCAGAGUUCAGGCAGGCAGCCCUCCCACCUGGAGAACGUUUCAGAGGAAGAUCUUCUCCCUUUCCGCGUUCGGAAGAAGUGGGAGUCCGAGCCUCACCCUUACUUGUUUUUCAACGAAGAUCGUGUGUCCAUGACCUUCAUUGGGUUCCACUUCCAGCCUGAUCACCACCACGGUGUCAAUGCUGUUAAUCCCUUGAAUGGCAGCAUCAUCAAGAGGAACAUCAUGACCACACAGCUGUACAGAGGCUUGUUGCUCCAAAGGGUUCCCUUCAACGUCCCCUUUGAUCAGUUGCCUCGGCAUGAGAAGCUGGAGAGGCUUUGCAUGGUGUUGGGCAUCCCCUGGGUGGUAGACCCUGACGAGACCUACGAGCUGACGACAGACAACGUGCUGAAGAUCCUGGCCAUCGAGAUGCGGUUCAGGUGCAACAUCCCAGUUGUUAUCAUGGGGGAAACAGGCUGUGGGAAAACGAGGCUGGUGAAGUUCCUCUGCCAGUUGCGCAGGAGCUGCACAGAGGCAGAGAACAUGAAACUCGUGAAAGUUCACGGAGGUACCACAGCAGAGAUGAUUUAUGCCAAGAUCAGAGAAGCAGAAGCCCUCGCUAAAGCCAACAAAGAGAAGCAUGGGCUGGACACAAUCCUCUUCUUUGAUGAAGCCAACACCACGGAGGCUAUAAGCAGCAUCAAGGAAGCUCUGUGUGACCGCACAGUGCAGGGAAAGCGUUUGGCCUCUCACUCUGGCUUGCAGAUCAUAGCAGCCUGCAACCCCUACCGUAAGCACACACCAAAGAUGAUUCAGCGCCUGGAAUUAGCUGGACUGGGCUACCGUGUGAAAGCAGAUGAGACAAAGGAUAAGCUUGGAUCCAUUCCCCUGAGGCAGCUUGUGUACCGUGUCCAUGCGCUGCCACCCAGCAUCAUCCCCUUAGUGUGGGAUUUUGGGCAGCUCAACAGCUUCACUGAAAAAACAUACAUCCAGCAGAUUGUCCAGAGGGUCACUGAGGAUGUCCCCAUGCGUCAGUGUGAAGCAGAGGUAGUCACAGAAGUGCUUUUUGCUUCCCAGCAGUAUAUGAGGCAGAGGGAGGAUGAGUGCAGCUUUGUCAGCCUGCGGGAUGUGGAACGCUGCAUGGAAGUCUUCAAGUGGUUUCACAAGCGCAGUGACCUCCUGCUGAGGGAGCUGAGGAAGUACCUUGAGAAGAGAGCUCCAAAGAGCACUGUUGAGAGAAACAAGGUUACCUGGUCCUUAGUGCUGGCAGUCGGGGUCUGCUAUCAUGCAUCCCUGGAGAAGAAGGAGGAAUAUAGGAGAGCUAUCAGCCAGGUCCUUCCAAAGCCUUAUGAUACCCAGAAAAAGAUUUUGGAUGAAAUCUCUCUGAUGCAGGAUGUGUUCCUGAAUGGUGUGCACCUCCGAGAUACCAUAGCAAGAAACUUGGCCCUGAAGGAAAAUGUCUUUAUGAUGGUCAUCUGCAUUGAGCUGAAAAUCCCUCUUUUUCUUGUUGGGAAGCCUGGGAGCUCCAAAUCUCUUGCAAAAACCAUUGUGGCUGAUGCUAUGCAGGGUCAAGCAGCUGCUUCAGAUUUGUUCAAGGAGCUGAAGCAGAUCCAUCUCGUAUCCUUCCAGUGCAGCCCUCUCUCCACUCCAGAGGGAAUCAUAGGCACUUUCAAGCACUGUGCUCGAUUCCAGGAGGGGAAGAACUUGGAGGAGUAUGUCUCAGUGGUGGUUUUGGAUGAGAUUGGGCUGGCAGAAGACUCUCCCAAAAUGCCCUUGAAGACUUUACAUCCGCUUUUGGAAGAUGGCUGCAUAGAUGAUGUGCCCCUUCCUCACAAAAAGGUUGGCUUCAUCGGGAUUUCCAAUUGGGCUUUGGACCCUGCUAAAAUGAACCGUGGCAUCUUUGUCUCACGUGGCGACCCCAGCAAAAAAGAGCUCGUAGAAAGUGCCAAGGGGAUUUGUUGCUCAGCACGAGGGGCUCUGCAGAAGGUUGAACAGUACUUUGGCCACUUUGCAGAUGCGUAUGAGGACAUUUGCAAGGCCCAAGACAGGGAAUUCUUUGGUCUGCGUGACUACUACAGUCUCAUAAAGAUGUUUUUGGCCUUGGCCAAGAGCUCCAAAAGUGACCCCACACCUCAAGACAUAGCUGAAGUUGUUCUUCGUAACUUUGAUGGCCAAGAUGAUGUCAAUGCCUUGGAAAUAUUCACCUCACAGUUACCAGAGAAAGGAGAAAUCUGUGCUCACGAUGUGAGUAGAAUCGAGCUGGUACGACAAAACAUUUCCAGCAGCGGUGAUGAUGGUGAUUGCAGGUACCUGCUUGUGUUGACUGAGAAUUAUGCAGCACUGCAGAUCCUCCAGCAAGCCUUUUUUACUGCCCGCCAGCAGCCAGAAAUCAUUUUUGGCUCCAGUUUCCCUAAGGACCAAGAGUACACCCAGAUCUGCAGGAACAUCAACCGUGUGAAGGUCUGCAUGGAAACUGGCCAAAUAGUUGUUCUCCUCAACUUGCAAAACCUUUAUGAAAGCCUCUAUGAUGCCCUCAAUCAGUACUAUGUGUACCUUGCUGGCCAGAAGUAUGUGGAUUUGGGGCUGGGCACCCACCGGGUGAAGUGCCGAGUGCACCCCAAGUUCCGCUUGAUAGUCAUUGAAGAGAAGGAUGUGGUGUAUAAGCACUUCCCCAUCCCACUCAUCAACAGGCUGGAAAAGCACUACCUGGAUGUCAGCACUGUGCUGGAUAAGGGGCAGAGAGAAACUGUGAAAGAGCUGAAGAAGUGGGUCCAGGAGUUCACCGCAGCCAAUGCAGAAGAGCACUUCAUAAGCAAGCAGCAGUACAGCCCUUCGGAUGUCUUUGUGGGGUACCACUCCGACACCUGCGCCUCGGUGGUCCUGCAGACAACAGAAAGGCUGAAAGCAGUGUGUCCUCCGAGCGAACUGGUGUCCAGUGUGAAGAGAGAAGCCCAGCUGGCACUGCUGAACUGUGCCACCCCAGAUGCUGUGAUCCGCCACUGCAACUCGCCGGGCGCCUUCCUGGCAGGUGCUCUGGCCCAGGUGUACUUCAAGCAGCAGCAGCACACAUCCUUUGCAGACUUCCUCCGGGCUCACGUCCAUGCUGGCUCUGGGUACCAAACGGUCUUCACAGAGGUCACCACCUUCUCGAGGCUCCUCACCAGUGCUGAUGCUGCUUGCCUGGAGAGAGAAGUGCAGGGUAAAGCAGAAAGGCCUCAAAUCCUGUUCCUGCAGCAGUUUGACACAGAGUACUCAUUCCUGAAGGGCAUUAGGAAUUUCCUUGAUGCCACAUCAGGAAAUAAAGUCCUCAUUAUUCAGACAAACUUUGAAGAUGGCUCUCAAAAUGCCCAGCUCAUUGCCUCAGCCAAAUACACUGUUGUUAAUGAAAUCAACAAGGUGGACCUGGGAGAAGUCUCUGUCUUUGUUUACUUUAUUAUGAAGCUUUCCCGAGUGGAAGGAGGAACAUCCUACGUGGGAUUCCAUGGAGGGCUGUGGCAGUCGGUGCACAUCGAUGAUCUCCGCAGAUCCAAGGACAUGAUCUCUGACAUGACUGCCCUGCAGAACCUCACCAUCAGCCAGAUGUUCUGUGAGGAUUUGGGUAAAGCCAAAGUUGCAGCUCUGCCUGGGAGUGGAGAAGAACAGGGGAAUGGAGAAGAACAGGAGCCCUACAAGGGUGAGAUCCUGGACACCACUGUGCUCCUGAGGACCUGCGUACAAAGUGCUGUAGGGAUGCUGCGGGACCAAAAGGAAGAUCAUAGCCGAAGCAGAAGGCGAAUUAAGAUUCUCCUUGGCCUUCUGUCCAAAGAGGAUGACUUCAAAGCCCUUUUCCUGAAGGUAACAAAGGCUCGUCUCUCCAGCCUUUUGAGGAAGCAAGAAGAAAAUUCCUUUCACCCCAAAAACUGGGUGCUUCGAGAGGCUUCUAACCUCACUGCUCUCCAGGAGGCAGGUACCUUCAGGCACACCUUGUGGAAGCGAGUCCAGAACGUGAUCACUCCAUUCCUGGCUCUCCUGAUUGCUGUCAUAGACAGAAAUGGCAAUCUGGAGCUGCUGGCCAGGCCGGCAGCUAAAUGGGUGACAAACCUAUGGAUGUUCAUCUUCAGUGAUACAAAGCUUCUGACUGUCCCUUACGGUGUGGGUAAGAACAGCACUCAGCCAGAGAUAAUUCUGGUGCAGAACAACAUGAUGGUGUCAUCUGAGGCUGGCAAUGAGAUGCCUUUCAGCUGGAGGAUAAAGGAAUACUUGGAUGAGAUGUGGUUGGAAGCUCAAUAUAUCCAGAACACUGAAGACCAAGCUGAGAAGUUUGUGGAUAUCUUCCAGAAAACUGCACUAGGAAAAUUUAUCUCUACUCUGACUGAGGAAGAAAGGCAGAUGCUCUUCCAGUGCUAUAUCAAAGACUUUAUUGUCAUGACCAUUGGUGUGUCCUCCCUAGAGGAGCUGCAGUGUCUGCAAAUUGCCUUCUUAUCCUGCAUAGAGGAGUGGAAGGCCACAUCUCCCAGGAGAGAGGAGACAGUGCCAUCCUUGCCUUGGGUCCACCUUGGAUACAAUCAAUUCAAGAGUCGCCUGCAGAACUUCUCUAGGAUCCUGGCUGUACACCCCCAUGUGGUUGGCUACCUUGGGCAGAAAGGAUAUGGAAUACCACAUUCAGAGAUGGUUUUAGAUGUGUUGGCUGCAAUGGUAUGUGCUGAAGAGCUGGAGAGCCAAGUGCAGACAGCCUGUCCAGAGGUCUGGCUGCAGAAAGUGAAGAACCUUCGAAUGCCUAUUGAAUUCCUUUGUGUAGAGAAGGGUUCGCCGAGGAGUGGUGUUCGGUGCCAUCAGCUGCUCAAAGAACUUGAUGUCUGCUGGAACCGGGUAUUCUGCAUGUCUCUGUUUGUAGAACAUGUGUUGUUGGGCAGCAACACUCUGAUGCCAGAAUUUGAGACUGUAGUGAAAAAAUACACUUUGUGUCUUGCCCAGUGUUUUCAGCACAAUUCAGACAUGAAGACUCAUCCAACUUUUAUUGCAGUGAUGAAAGUACUGUGCCAAUGUAAGGAUGAAGUCAGCAACAAGCUCUACAGCUGUGGUCUGGAGCCAUGUGGCAUCUGCCUGAAUGAGCCGAAGGACCCAGUCUGCCUGCCUUGCCACCACCUGUUCUGUCAGAAGUGCAUCAGAACGUGGCUAGUACCAGCACAGAUGUAUUGUCCAUACUGCAGAGUUACCCUGGAGAAUGAUGUUGAUUUAAAUGUCUCUGUGGAGCUCAGGAAUGCCAUAGCAAAAAAUGCCCUGUUCAGGCAGAGAUGCAAUAAUUUCUUCAUAGAUGUGGUCACUACCAUGUGCUUUAAGGACAAUGAACCCCCGGAGGCAAAGGUGAUCCAAGAGCUCCUUAGUCUGCUGUUUGUUGACAGGAGACUCCUGAAAGGUUCAGAGCACCCUGCUAUCUACACAAAAUUUCUGUCCCCAUUUAAUGAUGAAGUGGAUGAAACUCCCAUCAUCCGCUCAGUAAUGCUGAAGCUCCUCUUGAAGUACAGCUUCAAUGAAGUAAAGAAUGAUGUGCAGCACUACCUGUCCCAGGUAGAGCACAACCAGAUCCUUGAGAAAAAUGAUAAAAAGGAACUCUACUUGCUUUUUGUCAACUGCCUAGAGGAUUCCAUGUGUGAAAAGUCUGAGGGCAGUCUUGGAUAUAACCAAAUAAAUGAUCUGCCUGGAGACAGAGGCUUUCCAGAUGACUACCUCCCAAAGAACAAUCAAAGUCCUCAGGAAUCAUCUGUUGAGUAUCUGCAGGCAGUGGCCAAGGUUCGCUUGUACCUGAGAAAGGCUGCAGAGCUGCUCUUUGACCUGCAUGAGACCACAGAGCAAGACCAGAGAGAGAAGUGUCAUUACCUGGCAAAUGUGAGAGCUUUCUGUGGCCUCACCAAGAAUGACUGGCAUCAUGUCUACCUCGUCCGGGUGAUUGCCAGUCAGUAUGGGAUGGAGUUUGCUCAGAAGCUUCUCACAGAGGCCCAGUUCAACUGGGUGUUCCCAGGGGAAAUUCUGCAACAGGUAGGGGACAGCCAGGACAGCCACAUCGAUCGUUACCUGCUGUGUGGCAAGAGUUACAAAGUCCUGCGUGAUGCUGUGGGGAAAGCCAUGAUGGAUUGUGAGAUUGAGGGUCUUCUGGAGGCAGAGCAGGUAUCUAGUGGCUCUCCAGCUGUACAGUCUGUCCAUCUGCUCCUGGCUAUUUUCAGAGAGGUCACUACCCUGUAUGGAGCAAGUCAUUCAAGCCUUCACCCCAAACAGCAGCAAACAGAUGCUAUGAUUAAGUUCAUCCAGAACUCCCAAGUCUUGAAUUCUCCAGACCUGCAGCACUUUGCAGCUUCUCUUGUGAUGAAUGAACUGUCAUCUGUGACAGUGGAUCCUCGAAGCUUCAGCCACCGUGGAGUCCUAAUGGAAAUGGCUGUUCACACUGCAGCUGUCCUGCUCUGUGGGCAGAACCCCAUCCUGCAGCCCCUGAGGAACCUGGCAUUCCGUCCAGACACCAUGCAGCACUCUUUCCUGCCUACAAUGCCAGAAGAUAUGAUGGCUCAGGCGAGGGCCAUGGCAGACCUGGCUGGUCUGCGCUGGUACACAUGUCCAAACGGCCACCCCUGUGCUGUAGGAGAGUGUGGCCUCCCCAUGGAAACUAGCUACUGUGUGGACUGUGGUGCCCAGAUUGGAGGGGUGCACCAUAAACUGCUACAAGGCUUUCAGGAACAGAGGAAUCUUGAAGACAGAACUCAAACUGGGCAUGUGCUGGGAGAUGUACAACACAGAAGAACAAAGGGAGUGUCUGACCGGCCCACGUCCCCAGUUGCCGUCGCUCUGAUACGCUUGCUCAUGCAUUUGGCAAUGUUGCUGGGAGCCACAAAAGAUCCUCAGUCAUUUCAAAACAUUAUCAAGCCACCGGUGCCCAACGCGGUGAUUUUCCUGUGUCAGCAUAUUCAGGAGGACUUGGCACAGCUGACAAAAAUUGUGGGGAAGAGCGUGGAUGAGACCAUCAACAUCCUUCAUCUUGUCCUAUGCAGCCUCCUUAAGAACCCUCAUCAGCACCCAGGCCAGUGGCCAGUUAGAUUUGAUGGUGUGCUCUCCACCAAGGAGAAGAGAAACAGAUGGGAAGAAAUUGUUGCUGGAACAAUCAUUGUUCCUGAACUGGAGGAUUUGGAUAAAAAACUUAUGAAGUUAAACAGACAAAUACAAGAGGAUGAGAGAAUUUCUUGCAAUCCAGUAGUGAAAAUAGUGUAUGGUGACCCAGGCACUUUCCUGUCCCAGCUGCCAAAGGACAGUCACAUCCAUCAUUCCAGGAUGUGGAGCUGCCGAAAGAGGAUUUCAGUGGAGAACCUGGGCCAUGUAGUCCAGCAAAAGAAUGCCAAGGACACUGUCCCUCUCCUCUGGAGGUUUUUGCAGAAGGAAACAGAACUGAGGCUGGUGAAAUUCUUACCAGAGAUUCUGGCUCUGCAGAGAGAUUUGGUGAGGAGAUUUCAGAACACUGCUGAUGUCAAGCAAUGCUCAAUCAAAGAGUUCCUCAAUGAACCCCUCUCAGGUGUGAUGAGGGAUCUCUUGCAGAGGAGAGUGAAUGUGUUUCUGUCUGUAUGGAACAAGCUGAGAAGCUCACUGGACACAAAUGGGGAAAUUAAACUUCCUAAAGGCUGUUGUGAUGUUGACCUGACCCUGGACAGCAAGCUGGAGGUCCUUCUGCCACGUCGACAGGGUCUAGGCCUCUGCUCCACAGCCCUGACCAGCUACCUCAUUAGUCUGCACAAUGACUUUAUCCACUCAGUGAACAAGCACAUGAAGGAAGAUAACAGGUACUUGAUCAGUCCAUCAGAAGUGGCUGACCUGCACUUGAUUAGUUAUGAAAUUGAGAGAGACCUGAUUCCUCUGAUCUUGGCUAACUGCCAGUACAGCAUGGAGAAGGGAGGGGAGACAUUGCAGGACUUUGACCUGGAGAGGAUCCAGCAGCAAGUUAUCAGCAAGUUCCUGCAGGGGAAACCACUUAUCACCCUAACGGGAAUACCUACCCUGGUGUACAGACAGGAUCGGAAUUACGAGCAGCUCUUCAAUGAUGUCAGGAGUAAGCUGAAUCAGAGUGCUCUCCCCAGCUCUGUGAGGAACAUGAUCAGUGGGGAACUGCAGUCCUACAGUGAUGUCUGUGAUGCUCUGUCCAUCACUGAAAUUACCUUGGGAUUCCUGGCCAUGGCUGGCGAGAAUGCUGAGAUGCUGCUGACUGACUACAUCGAAAAUGUUCUGCAGAUGGGAGAUCGGACAAACCCUCAUGUACUGCAGGCCCUUAGACGAUGCCACCUGAAGCACAACAUAGCCCUGUGGCAGCUUCUCUCUACUCUCAAGUCUGAGCAGCUUCUGCGCCUCAAAAAGGAUCCUUUUGGAGACAUCAGCACAGACUAUAAAGCUGAGCUCAGUCCGCAGAUGGCCAAGCUCCUCAACACCUUCCUUGUCCACUCAAGGCUGGAAACAUUCCUGCAGGAGCUCCAUGAAAUGAUCAUCUUGAAGCUGAGAUAUGUUCAAGCUGCAGAUAUAUUCAGACCCACAUGGAGCUUGAAGGAAUCUCUCAUUCCUUACCUCGAUGAAAAAGACUCUGAGUUAGCUCCAGAGCUGCAAGAGAUGUUCCCAGAUGAGAUUCUUCUUUCUCAUGCUACUGCAACAUGGAAAGCAGCUGCUGUCUUCAAGAGGGAGUGCAGGGAACGCUAGGACCACCAACACUACUGACCUUCCUCCCCCAUUCAUGGGGGACUUUUACUGCUACAACCCCAUAGUGGCAGUGAGAUGCUGCAACCUCGAGCAGUUGACUUUUA